AUGGACAAAGCGACCAAGGAAGAAGACAGCAUCCAAACCAAGGAGCCGAUACCUGCAGACAAGGAUGAGAUCGGUCAUGUCGACAAGUACAAGGAGCAAGACCAUAGUGCGGACUCGGAGUUGUCACGCUCACUGGAGUCUCGGCAUUUGGUGAUGUUCUCAGUCGGGUCGUCGAUUGGGAUGGCCUUGUGGCUGGGAGCUGGCACUUCGCUGAUUAACGGUGGACCCGCUGCUAUAUUCUUAGACUAUUGUAUUGUAGGCUCUAUUGCGUGGGCAGUCGCUCAAGCGGCCGGCGAGUUGGCGGUUCUCUAUCCCUUGGCUUCGGCAUUUCCUCAAUAUGCUGUCAAAUUUGUCGAUAAAGCGCCCGCCUUCACAGUAGGAUGGGCGUACUCGUUUUCAGCGUCGGUCACCCUCGCAAAUGAGCUUCAGGGCGUAGUUACAGUCCUGAGUUUCUGGACGCAAUCGGUUCCGAUUGCGGUAUGGCUUAUUGUGUUUUUCGUGGUUAUCCUGAUCACCGUUGUGUGUGCCGUCAAGUUUUUCGGUGAAGUGGAAGCAAUUCUAUCCACUGUUAAGUUAUUCUGGAUUGUGGUGGUGAUUCUUAGUUGCAUCGUUAUCAGUGCUGCGGGCGCACCGAAUCAUCAGAAAACUGGGUUUGAGUACUGGAACUCGAUGCCCUUUACCAAUGGCUUCAAAGGAUUCCUCUCUGUUAUGGCCACUAGCAUUUUUUCCAUGGGUGGCUUUAAAUUCGGUGGCAUCGCUGCUGCUGAAGCUCGAAAUCUGCUAAGAUCAGUUUCCAAGGCACUCAAUACUAUUUGGCUUCGUUUGACCCUCUUCUACGUUGUUUGUGGUCUGAUGGUCACUAUUACCAUUUCCUUCCAAAACCCGGACGAGGGAAUCAACGCAAGUCCCUACAUGAUUGCCUUUCGCAAUGCUGGUAUUCCUGGUCUAGCACAUGCAACGAACGCUGUUAUCUUUAUCAGCAAGUGUGAUCGGCUGGGGCGCCCAUGGGCGACUAUCUUUAUCACAUUUCUCGUGGGAGGUGGCCUAUGCUACCUAAACGUCAGCAACUCAGGCGCAACGUGCAUCCUCUGGUUUUGGGGCAUCAUCUUCCUAUCGCUUGACGACCUACCAUGGAGGUCGUGGUUAGGGCUACCUGGCACUAUUUAUGGAUUGACCUGGUGUAUUUUGUUAAUUGUUGUCGAAUUCUACCUGGCUGUGUGGCCUCUUCAUGAGAAGAGCAGUGCCAAAAACUUCUUCGCAAAUUAUAUAUCGAUUGUUGCAAUUGUUUGCCUCUAUGUCUGCAGCGAGAUCUACUAUCGAGGCCCGCUAUGGAUCAGUGCAAAGAAUAUCGACCUAGACGACUCUGGUUGUAGGUACUAUGUGGUCGAAGAUCUGGAAGCUCGGUCUCCUAAUACACGAGUUAAUCCAAUCGUCCCCAUUCAAGGGAAUCAUUUUAGGAGAUUCUACGGAGGAGGUCUCCGUACCAGAAUAGAUUCCGCACAGGAACAACCCAAUGCACCAGAUAGACCGCGUGAUAUCAAUCCCUGCAUAACUUUCCCUGCCAGCCCGACAGAUAAGCCCUAA